AUGGAAAAAAAAAUAAAUUAUUUAGAUUAUCAACUCAGUCCACUUCACCUUCCUAAAGAUAAUAAAAACAUGAGUAAUAAUUAAUUGACUAUGAAUAUGGGGAGCUCUAUCAAUAUAAUCAUAGAGUAGUAUUAACCUUAAUAGAAAUUAUUAUAAGACUGCAAAUCGAAAUCAGCGCUCAGUACAUAACAUUAAUACUAAUAUUACCAAAACAACAAAGAGAUAUACAAUAACUUAAACAAAACUCCUUAAUAAGCUUCAUAAAAUCAAACUAUAUAGCUCACCUCUAUGGCUUCUGAAUCAAUAUCGGGUGCCUACAACAAUGCUUAUGAUAUAUUCCCACAGGCAAAGCCAUUUUUUCACUCACCUCAAAUAAACAGUUAUUAAAAGUACCAUUAAUAGGGGAUGAAUUUUGGUUGUUCUCCUGAGCUUAAUCAGAUCAAUCUUUAGCCUUAGUGUCAAUCAUCUUAGCCAAAACGUUCUAUCAAUUUUAACUAAAUAGAAUAAAUAUAAGCAUUCCCUCAAUUAAAACUACAACAGUAAAGCUCGACAUUUUCAGUUGAUUCUAACACAACACCAAAUACACCUUUAUUUGAUACAGACUCUCUUUACUAAGAUAAUAACAUUAUUAGAUAGUAAAGUAGAAGCUUUUAGACAUUCAAUAACUCUCAUCAAUAUCAAAAAGGCCCAUUUAUCAAUUUUUUUACUAAAAAUAAUAAUUUUUGUAGCAAUCACAAUCACAAGUAGUUCAACUUCUACAAUAACAAUAGCUACAACCACAAUCAUGUACACUAGAUUAAAAAUAAACUUAGAAAGCAAUCUUUCAACUCCUCUGCUAGUACAUGUGAUGACUCUACUGAUUACCAGUUCAGAGCUCGCUCUGGAUCUUAUCAAUCUUCUAUAAAUAAUCAUUUUAACAACCCAAAUAAAAAAAAACAAAUAGAAGAUAAGUGCUAGAAGAAAUAGAAAAGAAAUAUUAAGCGCUUUUAAAAGUAAAGUACUUAAAGCCAUGAAGUAUUUCAAAAUGAAAAUUGCUAAAAUGAUUAAUUUAAUCACUUUGAGCUUGAGUAGCUACAUAAUUCAGACGAUAUUCGCAUCACAAAUGAAGAUUUAAUUGCAACCCAUCAAGAAUAAAUGAAAGAAGAAAAAAAUCAUAUAAUUAAUCAAAAGAUUUUUGAUUUUGGAAAUAACGAAAAUGAGGAUGAUUAGUUAAAUAUUUCAGAGAAAGAAGAAGAAAUAGAAAAUUUAGACGAAUUAACCCUUGAGUCUGUCCAUAAAUAAAACUAUGGAUGCUCUAUGUUAGAUAAAAUUCUUGAUGAACAAACAAAUGAAGAUGAUCAUAAAUUUGAUAAUAAAUCAGUUACUUCUGUGACAUAAAAUAACCUUGAGAACAGUCUAAAUGACCUAGAUAAUCUAUCUAAAUCUAAUAUUGUCCCUAAAUCUGAUUUAGAAAAGGAUCACCAUUCUUUCAAAUAUACAGAAAUUUAAAAAAGUUAUUUCAGUAAAAUAUAUUAAGCCUAAAAUCCAAAAGAAGUGUUAAAUUCUGAUCUUUAAACUGAUGAAAAAUAAUAAUAAAAUGGAGAAACUCUUUCUAAUGAGAACAUUAAACUUGUUCAUCAAAUAUCAAUAGAAAAUGCUAAAACAAAUUCCUUAGAAGACAUAAUUAUUUAGCAAAACACUUCAUGUUAUUAGUAACCAUUAUAAUUAGGAAUUAUCAGCAGUUCUUUAACCACAAUGAAAGAUGAAAUAUAGUCUAUUGAAGAAAAUAAAAAUUUAAAUUCAAUACUAAAAGAGGCAAAUAAAUAAAAAUAAAAUCCCGAAGCUCUUUUUGAAAUAGUCCAAAAGCUGGUCUAAUAAUUACGUGAAAAAGAUGAAACAAUAAAGAACAUGGAAAUAGAAAAUUAAAACUAAUCAAUAAAAUCUUUAAGAUAAAUUUAAGUAAAUGCAGAAAAUUUAGAACAUAAAGAGAUAAAUCAAGGGAUGAAAAAACUUUGCUUAGAAGAAACCUAAACAUUUUGCCAAUGA